GCGUGCACUGCGCUUGCGUUUACUUACACCGCUCAGCUGACUAACCUGUGAUACACGAUGAAGCUGGACAACAGCCUGACUGCCGACAACAUCAACCAGAACUUGCUGAACAUCGAGUAUGCGGUGCGAGGACCCAUCCUGCAGCGAGCUCUGCAGAUCGAGAGGGAGCUGGCAAAGGGAGUCCCGAAGCCGUUCGAGCGAGUGGUCCGCGCCAACAUCGGAGAUUGUCACGCUCUCGGACAGAAGCCCAUCACCUUCAUCAGGCAGGUGGUGGCGCUAGCGGCGUGCCCGGCGCUGGCGGACGCGGCCGACGUGCCCGCCGACGUGAAGCAGAGGGCGCGCGAGAUCCUCAGCGCCUGCACGAAGAGCUCGGUGGGCGCGUACUCGCCGUCGGCGGGGCUGCGCGCGGUGCGGGCGCGGGCGGCGCAGUACAUCGCGGCGCGGGACGGGGGCGCGCCCGCCAGCUCGGACGAUGUCUUCCUCGGCUCCGGCGCCUCCGACCUCAUCAAGUCCGUGCUCACCAUGUUCGUCGAGCCAGUCGACGGGAAACCGCCAGCGGUGAUGAUCCCGGUGCCGCAGUACCCGCUGUUCUCGGGCACGCUGUCGGAGCUGGGGCUGCGGCGCGCCGACUACUUCCUGGACGAGGACAACGACUGGGCGCUGCAGACCUGCGAGCUGGAGCGCUGCUGGAGGGAGGCCAGCGAGCACAGCCACGUGCGCGCGCUCGUCGUCAUCAACCCCGGGAACCCCACCGGACAGGUGCUGACUCGGGAGAACAUGGAGGAGAUCAUAAAGUUCGCGUACACUCGCAACUUGUUCCUGCUGGCGGACGAGGUGUACCAGGAGAACAUAGUCUGCAAGCCGUUCCACUCGUUUAAGAAGGUGAUGCACGAGAUGGGCGCGCCGUACUCCAGCAUGGAGCUGGCCAGCUUCCUGACGUGCUCGAAGGGCUGGGCGGCGGAGUGCGGGCUGCGCGCCGGCUACGUGGAGCUGGUGCGCCUGCAGCCGCGCGUGGCCGCCGCCUUCAGCACGGCGCGCGCCGUCAUGCAGUGCCCCUCCGUGCUGGGCCAGUGCAUCCUCGACUGUGUGAUGAAGCCGCCUGCGCCCGGCGAGCCCUCGUACCCGCUGUUCGCUGAGGAACUCGGUGAAAUCCAACGCGUGCUCACUGAGAGGGCAGAGACCGCCUACGAGACCUUCAACUCUAUCCCUGGAUAUUUCUGUAACCCUAUCGAUGGCUCGAUGUUCGCGUACCCUCGCAUCACCAUACCGGAGGCGGCGCAGGCGGCGGCCAAGGAACUCAACAUGAGCCCUGAUGAGUUCUACUGUCUCCGACUGUUGGAGGAAACAGGUGUGUGCGUGGUGCCCGGCACCGGGUUCGGGCAGUUGCCUGGCACGUUCCACUUCCGCACCACCAUCCUACACCCGCGGGACGAGUUCCAGCACAUGAUGGACAGCAUCAGGCGGUUCCACCUCAACUUCCUCGACCUCUACUCUUAGUACUGUAGUCAUAUUGUGGAUCUUUGUGGAACAUACGCAUGUACAAGGUAAUAUAAGUGGUGGGCUUGGCCCAGUUGGGGGUUGGUGGCUGGAGGGGGAUCUGAGCCAAUGUACAGAUAAAUAGUUGAGUGACACGGACACGGCCGCUGUGCGUGUGUGAGUGCCGCUGCUCGGUGGAUGUUUUGUUGUUUUAUCGAGGUUAUAAUUUAUUUAUACACGUGUACAUAUUUACUAUUUAAGA